CAUCACUUCCUCUGUUUCGAUAAUGUAAUGCGUUCUUUACAUCCACGCUCCGCCGGCGAGAGUGGGCUUCCGAUCUGUAUGCUUUUCACACGCCAGGCAAAACACUGUCUUUACACACUAUACGGCGUCGUUUUGCCCUCACUCUCUUUCACCUUCAGAGUCGAGUUCGACGACGACGACGACGACGGCUCUCGCGCUGCUGUCUUUUAGCGCGUGAUAAAAGAUCCCACUAUGAAGUGGGUUUCUCCGACGAAAGCCGCCGCCGGCGAUGGGAAAGCGGUGGUUUUCAAGUCGAAGCUUAAAUGGGUCGGGCUGUUCGGGCUUGUCCUGUCUGCCUUCUCACUCUUCACUCACUUCCUCCUCGCCAGAUACACCGAUGGCUUCGCUGUUUCCGAGUACAAAUCUUCCAUAACCUUCUUUUCUUGGAGGCCCAUUUUCGACGGCGCCGAUCUCCCCGCGAAUGCAGCAUUGCAUAGAAGGCUUUGGGGCCCUGUGAGGCAUUUUGAAUCUAUACAUCCUUAUGCAAAUCCCAGAGCAAACUAUGUAGCUCCUGGUCCACAGACUUCUGGAUUCAUUUUUGUAAGGAUUCGAGGUGGUUUCCAUGAAAUCAGGAAUUCGAUUUGUGAUGUCGUCGUGGUAGCACGACUCCUCAAUGCAACACUAGUAAUUCCCGAGAUUCAAUCCACAACAAGCAGCAAGGGCAUCAGCACAGAAUUCAAGAGCUUUGCCUACCUCUACAGCGAGGAGCAGUUUAUGACAGCGCUGUCCGAAGACAUCAAAGUCGUGAAAACACUUCCAAAGGAUCUCAAAGGAGCUCGAAGAAAGAAAGAAAUCCCUUCAUUCAAAGUUCCAAGCUCUGCUUCGCCUUAUUUCUAUCUCCAUCAUGUCCUGCCAGUGCUUAAUAAGCACUCGGUUGUCGAGCUUGUGAUCCCCGAUGGAGGAUGCUUGCAGGCUAUUCUUCCUCCUCACCUAGAAGAAUUUCAAAGGCUGCGAUGUCGGGUUGCUUUUAAUGCCCUAAGAUUUCGAGAUGAGGUUCGAGAACUUGCCACAAAGGUCCUGUUUCGACUGAGAGCUUCUGGGCGACCGUUCAUAGCCUAUGAUCCGGGAACGACGAGGGAUACUUUAGCUUACCACGGUUGUGCCGAACUCUUUCAAGAUGUACAUACCGAACUUAUCCAACAUAAGCGAGCAUGGAUGAUAAAACGGGGACUCGUCAAAGGGAAUCUUUCUGUCGAUUCAGCCAAGCAGCGUCUUAAUGGUUUGUGUCCGCUUAUGCCUGAAGAAAUAGGUAUUCUUCUUCGAGCAUACGGAUAUUCAUGGGAUACGAUCAUUUACAUUUCGGGGGGAGAGGUCUUUGGCGGGCAGAAGAAGCUCAUCCCGCUUCACGCAGUUUUCGAAAAUGUUGUUGACCGGACUUCUCUAACCAUGCCGUGGGAGUUGGACAGAAUGUACGGCCGGGAAGCAAAUCUUGUGGACAAAUCUCCAAGGUCUCCGCCUCCGAUUAAAUUGGAAAAGAAACCCAAUGACUGGAAAACAGUUGGACCUCGACCGCGUCCGCUCCCUCCACCCCCGGCAAGAGCGAAAUAUCCCUACAACAUUGAAGGCUGGUGGGGCUGGGUCGCCGAGAGUGAUAAUGAACCCGAGAGUACAGUUAUGGAGCUGAGAACAAACGCUCAUAAAUUGCUGUGGGAAGCUAUAGACUACACGGUAUGUGUCGAAGCAGAUGUCUUUGUUCCGGGAUUCAAUCGUGAUGGACGAGGAAACCCGAAUUUCGCUAGCUUGGUUAUGGGGCACAGGCUGUACAAGUCUCCUAAUUCGAAAACCUUUCGAAUCGACAGGAAGAAAAUCGCGAAGAUUUUGGAAGAGAUCCAAGACAACUUUUACCAAGCAAAUCGAACGUGGAUCACAAUGCUGCGACGCCAAAUGAGGAGAAGUUUGAUCGACGGGCUGGCAGAGGAACUGACGAGAUCGAAACGAGUUUCGUUUCUUUCCUUUCCUCUCCCAGAGUGCUCUUGCUAUAGCGGCGGCGGUGACGAUGAUCCUGUUCGGUCCAUAGUUAAUGCGUCGAGUCCUUCAGUCCUCUCGCCCUUACGGAAUGUACUAGGGUCAAUGCAGCGCUGCCCGUCGUGGGUGGAAGACAGCCUACCUGACAAGGAAACUGAAACGGACAACGUCGACGAGGACGAGUCUGAUUCUCUGGUGGCUGCUCCUCUUUUCCAGCAGAGCGGCAGCGGAAACAACGAGGCUGGAGUCGAAAUGAGCAACAAAGAAGAAACACAAAUGGAGGAUCAAGAAGAGCUCGACGGCGGAGACAGGUGAUGCAGAUAAACAACGAGGAUGUCUGAUUGACACAAAUUUUGCUGCUGGAUCGAAGAACUGAAACAGAGGGUAGAUUAGAACCGCGACCGAGCCAUUGUGCCGGCGGGAAUUUAGACGUCGAUUUCGAGGGUUCCUCUGUCUUCACCCUUGGACAAAGGGGCAAAACCUGAUUGCAGCAGUGAUAUGUUGGUAACUUUGUAUUGACUAACAUUAGUAGAACAAUGAAGGAAUGUCCUGAUUGUAAGCAACUCUGUAUCGAUCAAUUCAAAACCAAGAAAGUGGAAAAACGAGGAAGCAUUUGGAACUCUUCGUGUGAGAAAAGAAAAUUGUCGCGUGAUUCGCGCAACUGUCGCUUGAUUUGUUCACAUUUGUAAUCUUGAAUUAAACAUCGAUCCCAUGAAUAUGAUCGAUCGGCUUCAUUAUAA